UGCGCGAAGCCGCCACGAAAAUUAUGGAAAAAAAUGGACGGUGGCGUGUGUUCAUUAUCGCUCUGCUCCCCCGACUGCCGAAUAAUCCGUGAAUAACUGAUGAUUAAUUGAAAUCGUGCAGUUGUUCUAUGGAAAGAGGAAGUUAAUUUUUUAAAUUUCAUCGACACAAUCGCGACGUGACUAACGGGGAUACUGCGGGGGGAUAAACUGGAGUCGGAUCGGAGCAACAUGGCGAGCCCUUCGCCUCAGUCGUCGCCCAUGCCACCACCUCAAGCCCCUAGUCCAAUGGGCCCACCUCAGCAGGCACCGUCGCCUUCCAAUCCUCAGGGGAGUCCUAUGGGGCCACCACAGCAUCAUCCACACAGCCCCACGCAGGGGUAUCCGGGGGGGCCAGCACCCACUGGAGCCCCCAUGACACAGCCACCGCCACAGCAACCACCACAGGGGGCCAACUAUCCACCACAUUCGCAGGGAAUGCCAGCUAAUAUGUCGCAGCAGUCAAUCUCAUGCGGAGUAGGGCCAGGCUCGGGCCCAAUGGGUCCAGGACAAAUGGGUCCAGGAGGUGCCCUCCCAAUGGGUGGUGGGCCCAACCAGAUGGGACCAGGAGGAAGCCAAAUGGGCCCAAGCCAAAUGCAACAGCAGCAAGGGCCCCAGAACGCCCCCCCGAUGUCGGGAGGGGUCCUGCACAUGUCAGGCCCCCCCUCAGGUCACAUGAACUCAUCGAUGCCGAGUCACAUGCCCCCAGGUGGGCCCCAGAACAGCCACAUUCCGCCAGGUGGCCACAUGGCCAAUUCCUCCUCAACGGGCCACAUGAAUCAAGGCCACAUGCCACCAGGGGGCCCGCCCCCUCCCCCAAUGUCGCAGACGGGUCCGGGGGGUGGUCCCCACAUGCCCCCAAAUCAGAUGUCAGGCCCAGGUCAGAUGAUGACGGGAUCAGGCUCGAGCCAGAUGCCACCGAGUGCGAGUAUGGGUCCCCAGAUGGGUCAGAGGGGGCCGGGCCCCCACAUGCCCCAGAGCGAGAUGAUGUCGGGGGGCCAGAUGCCCCAGGCAAAUCCCAAUAUUCAGGGGGGCCCGCCCCCCUCCGGAGGUCACAUCCCUCCGAAUCAGAUGCCAGGGGCCCAAAUGAUGCCCUCCGCUGGCAGCCAAAUGCCCCAGGGCCCCAUGAAUCAGGCCCCUGGGCACAUGCCCCCCAGUCAAAUGAUGCCUGUGUCUGAAACCAAUCAGAUGCCACCGGGCCCUCCUCCAAUGUCCGGCAAUGGGUCCAACCAGAUGGGCCCUGGGAUGAACCAGAUGCCCAACCAGAUGCCCCCAGCCAAUCAGAACCCUCCGAUGCAGGGGGGCAUGGCCCACAUGAGUGGCCCACCGACGUCAGGGCACAUGAACGCGAGUCACAUGCCACCGGGGGGGCCCCCUCCCAUGAAUCAGAGCAGUCAGGCCCACAUGGCUGGAGGCCCACCGGGGAGUGCUGCUGGGCACAUGCCCCCAGGAACCCCCAACAGUCAGAUUGGGCCCAACAGUGGGCCCUCACCGAUGAGUCCCAAUAACUCGACCACUCAGGGGGCACCUGGGCCUGCCGUGGGGCCUCCAAUGCCCCCCAACUCAGGACAGGAGAACCUCAAUGCCCUGCAGAAGGCCAUCGACUCGAUGGAGGAGAAAGGACUGCAGGAGGACCCUCGUUACUCUCAAUUACUGGCACUGAGGGCCAAACAGGGGAGUGGAAUGGGGGAGAAGCAGACCUUCAGCUCACAGCAGCUUCAACAACUUCGAGUGCAGAUCAUGGCGUAUCGACUGCUCGCCAGGAAUCAACCUCUGUCCCAACAGCUGGCCCUCGCUGUUCAAGGUGGCGCCCCUCCUCCCGGUAUGGCUCAACGUCCAAUGGACUCUUCUCAAGGUCCAGUUCCUUCUUCAGGUCCGCAAAUGCCGGGGAGUGGUCCAGCUGGUCAGCAGCGUCCAGCGGUCCAGGCCCCCCAGGGCCCAGCCCAGCAGGCGCAGCCCCAGCAGCCUCAGCCGAGUCAGCAGCAACAACAGCAACAACAACAGCAACAACAACAACAGCAGCAGCAGCAACAACAACAGCAACAACAGCAGCAGCAGCCAGGGGCGAAGACAAACCGCGUGACGAGUGUCUCAAAGCCGGCAGGUCUGGACCCCCUGCUGAUCCUCCAGGAGCGUGAGAACCGAGUUGCUGCGAGAAUAUCCCUGAGAAUGGAGCAGCUGAGCAAUCUCCCCACAAAUAUGCCGGAGGACCUGAGAAUUCAGGCGCAAAUUGAGCUGCGAAUGCUGAAGGUCCUGAACUUCCAGCGCCAGCUGAGAACGGAAAUUCUGGCGUGCACCAGGAAGGACACAACACUGGAGACAGCUGUGAACGUUAAAGCCUACAAGCGAACAAAACGCCAGGGUCUGAGGGAGGCGCGUGCCACGGAGAAGCUGGAGAAACAGCAGAAACUGGAGGCAGAGAGAAAACGACGUCUCAAGCACCAGGAGUUCCUCAGCUCAGUCCUCCAGCAUGGCAAGGACUUCAAGGAGUUCCAUAGGAAUAAUGUGGCGAAAUUGUCACGAUUGAACAAGGCAGUGCUGAAUUACCACGCCAACGCCGAGAGGGAGCAGAAGAAGGAGCAGGAGAGAAUUGAGAAGGAGCGAAUGCGACGACUGAUGGCUGAGGACGAGGAGGGCUACAGGAAGCUAAUAGACCAGAAGAAGGACAAGAGAUUGGCCUUCCUGCUGUCCCAGACUGACGAGUACAUCUGCAAUCUCACGGAGAUGGUGAAACAGCACAAGAUGGAGCAGAAGAAGAAGCAGGUGGAGGAGCUCAAGAGGAAGAAGCAGAAGAAGAAGAAACUGCAGGACGGGGAGACUGGGGAGGAUGGGAGCCAGGUGGAUCACAGGGUGAGCGUUGUCGAGGUGAAUACUGGGAGGACACUCACUGGUGAGGAGGCACCGUUGAUGAGCCAGUUGAAUGGCUGGCUUGAGGCCCAUCCUGGGUGGGAGGCUGUUGAGUCUGACAGUGAGGAGGACGACGAGGAUGACGAGGACAAUGACGAGAGGAAUGAGAACAGGGACAGGUCCAAGGAUGGAAACGACCCUGACGCACAGCAGACCAUUGCCAAGGCCAAGGUAGAGGACGAUGAGUACAAAACUGAGGAGCAAACUUACUACAGCAUUGCUCACACUGUACACGAGAGUGUCACUGAGCAGGCGUCGAUAAUGGUGAAUGGUAAUCUCAAGGAGUACCAGAUCAAGGGGCUCGAGUGGCUGGUAUCACUUUUUAAUAAUAAUCUCAAUGGCAUUCUUGCUGAUGAAAUGGGCCUUGGCAAGACCAUUCAGACAAUAGCACUUGUCACGUAUCUCAUGGAGAAGAAGAAGGUCAAUGGGCCAUUCUUGAUUAUUGUGCCACUCUCGACUCUAUCAAAUUGGGUACUUGAAUUUGAGAAGUGGGCGCCCAGUGUUGUUGUUGUCUCCUACAAGGGCUCACCAGCUGGGAGGCGAGCUAUUCAGUCACAAAUGCGAGCGACUAAAUUCAAUGUGCUGUUGACAACUUAUGAGUAUGUAAUCAAGGACAAGGGGGUGCUGGCUAAGCUCCAGUGGAAGUACAUGAUCAUUGAUGAGGGCCACAGGAUGAAGAAUCAUCACUGCAAGUUGACGCAGGUGUUGAAUACCCAUUAUCUUGCACCCCAUCGUUUGCUACUCACUGGGACACCCCUGCAGAAUAAACUUCCUGAGCUGUGGGCACUGCUCAACUUCCUGCUGCCGUCUAUCUUCAAGUCGUGCAGCACCUUUGAGCAGUGGUUCAAUGCACCAUUCGCCACGACUGGGGAGAAAGUGGAGUUGAACGAGGAGGAGACCAUUCUCAUUAUUCGUCGUUUGCACAAGGUGCUGCGCCCCUUCUUGCUGAGGCGCCUGAAGAAGGAGGUGGAGUCCCAGUUGCCGGACAAGGUCGAGUACAUCAUCAAGUGCGACAUGUCGGGGCUGCAGAAGGUGCUGUACAAGCAUAUGCAGAGCAAGGGGGUCCUCCUGACAGACGGAUCGGAGAAGGGAAAACAGGGGAAGGGUGGAGCCAAGGCCCUCAUGAAUACUAUUGUGCAGUUGAGAAAGCUCUGCAAUCAUCCCUUCAUGUUCCAAGCAAUCGAGGAGAAGUACUGCGAGCACAUUGGGGUACAGGGCUCGGGGAUCGUCACUGGGCCUGAUCUCUACAGGGCGUCAGGCAAGUUCGAGCUCCUCGACAGGAUUCUACCGAAGCUCAAGGCCACUAAUCACCGGGUUCUGCUGUUCUGUCAGAUGACCCAGCUGAUGACCAUCAUGGAGGACUACCUCAGCUGGAGGGGCUUCAAGUAUCUCAGGCUGGAUGGGACGACCAAGGCCGAGGACAGGGGGGAUCUCCUGAAGAAGUUCAACGAUCCUGGGUCUGACUAUUUCCUCUUUCUCCUGUCGACGAGGGCCGGAGGGCUCGGGCUGAAUCUCCAAGCUGCUGACACUGUCGUCAUAUUUGACUCUGACUGGAAUCCCCAUCAGGACCUGCAGGCCCAGGACAGGGCGCACAGGAUUGGCCAGAAGAACGAGGUGAGGGUUCUGAGACUCAUGACUGUCAACUCCGUUGAGGAGAGGAUUCUCGCAGCUGCUAGGUACAAGCUGAAUAUGGAUGAGAAGGUCAUCCAGGCUGGGAUGUUCGAUCAGAAGUCGACGGGCUCGGAGAGGCAGCAGUUCCUACAGAGCAUUCUCCAUCAGGACGACGCAGAUGACGAGGAGGAGAGCGAAGUGCCUGAUGAUGAUGUCGUUAAUCGGAUGAUUGCGAGGAGUGAGGGGGAGUUUGAGAAGUUCCAGAAGUUGGAUUUGGAGAGGAGGAGGGAGGAGGCCAAGUUGGGGUCAGACAGGAAGCCCAGGCUCCUCGAGGAGACUGAGCUCCCUGACUGGCUCGUCAAGGACGACGACGAGGUCGAGAGGUGGACGUAUGAGGAGGACGAGGACGCCUUCCUGGGGAGGGGCUCCAGGCAGAGGAAGGAGGUGGACUACACUGACAGCCUCACUGAGAAGGAGUGGCUGAAGGCCAUCGACGACGAUGGCAUUGAGUACGAGGAGGAGGAGGAGGAUGACAAGAGGAAGAAGAAGACGAGGAAGAGGAAGAAGAAGGGGGAGGAGGAGGACGAACCCUCGUCGAAGAAGAGGAGGGGGGGCACUGCCGACGCCAAGAUGAGGAAGGCUAUGAAGAAACUUCUCAAGAUUGUGGUGAACUACACUGAGGCCACUGAUGGGAGGACACUCAGCCGGCCUUUCAUGAAGCUGCCGUCCAGGAGGGAGCUGCCUGAUUACUACGAUGUCAUCAAGAAACCACUCACCAUCAACAAGCUCAUGCAGAAGGUCGAGGAGGGCAAGUACUCGGAGAUGGAUGAGCUUGAGAAGGACUUCCUGCAGUUGUGCAAGAAUGCACAGAUCUAUAAUGAGGAGACUUCGUUGAUUUAUGAGGACAGCAUGGUCCUGCAGAAUGUCUUCAUCGAGGCCAGGCAGAGGCUCGAGAAGGAUGGAAACAUCUCCGACGACGACGAGGGCGAUGAUGGGGGCUCCGAUGGUGACAGCGUCAGGAUGAAGAUCAAGAUGAAGGGGAGGAAGAGCGAGGGUCGCGCUGGUGGCAGGAGAAAACGAGUCACCAAGAAGUAUAUCUCGGAGUCCGAUGAUGCUGAUGACAACUAAUCGUUUAUUUUAUUUUAUUUUUUUAUGAUUUGGAGUACAUGAUUGGCUUUUUUCCGGUGUACAGUAUCAAUGACUUGGAAUUAUUAUUGCACUUGGGUUUCACAUCAGUUUUGAUUUUUUUCCACUGUUUCUUGAGGUAGUUUUAAGGUAGUUCAGGCGUUCAUGAUGACGUGAUGAUGUUUAAGUGGGGAUUGGAGAAAAUUUUGGUCCAGUUGAUUUUUUAUUUCGAGGGUAGCAGUGAAAUUCAAUCAAUUCAAUUGGUAUAUAAUUUUUAAGUCCUGAGAAAAUUGAUUUAUUGUGGACUCUGUAUGAGGUAUUCUAGUUUAGUCAGUUUAUUGUAGUUUAUACUAUUAUAUUCUACGGAUAAGAAAAUUAAUUUGAUGAAAAUAAAGGGUGACUAAUUGUGAAGAAAUAUACUGAUGGACAUAAUUUCGGUGGA